AUGGUGCAAGCUUUCUUCCAUUCUGCUUUUCUUUUGAAGAAGUUAAAUAUGACAAGAGUAACUUUAAUUCCCAAGAUCAACUCAGCUCAAAAGCCAGAAGACUUCAUGCCUAUAGCUCUCUGCAACACAAUUUACAAACUUAUUUCAAAGAUUAUUGCUCUAGGACUCAAAAAACACAUGGUAAAUAUCAUCUCUCCUUUGCAAUCUGCAUAUGUUCCUGGUAGACUCAUUUCUGAGAACAUUUGCUUAGUCCAAGAUCUAGUUCAAGCCAUGAAGAAGAAAAAAGGAAGAUCAAGUCAUUUGACACUCAAAAUGGAUAUGUCAAAAGCCUUUGACAGGUUAGAAUGGCAAUUCCUAAUUGAUGUUCCUAAGAAAUUUGGUUUUAAUGAUAAGUUCUGUCAAUUGAUUUUUCAGUGCAUCUCCACAACCCAAAUUGAGAUAAUGAUCAAUGGCUCUCCUUCUCCUUCAUUCAAGCCAACAAGAGUUUACUUUAGCAGCAACUUGAACCCCUCCCAAUGUCAAACUAUUAGUGGAAUCCUCCAAGUAAGACAACUGAAACUCAAUGAUGAGAAGUAUUUAGGUCUCCCUUUCUUUAUUGGCAGGAACAAGAAGAUACCAUUCUCUAUUCUGGUGGAAAAAAUGGAUACUAGAUUGGCUAAGUGGAGAUGUAUCAACAUGUCUGAAGCUGCAAGCAAAAGUUCUGGAGGAAAAAAAAACUCAAUUAAAGGUAAAAAAAUCAUAACUUGGAAAGCUGGGAAUGUACCUAAAGAAGAUGGAGGUCUAGGUUUCAGAGACCUACAUUUGUUUAAUAGAGCACUUCUUGCAAAAUCUGCAUGGAGGCUAUGCAAUGAUCAGACAUCAAUUUUCUCUAAGUCUUUGCAAGUCAAAUACUUCCCUGAUGGUGAUUACUUCAACAUCAAAAAGAGUUCUUCCUCUACUUGGUCUUGGUCAAGCAUUAGACCUGAAUUGAAUUCAUCAAGAAUUAUAGUUUCUGGAGCAUUGGGAAUGGUCAAAAAAUACUUAUUUGGAAGCAUAACUGGGUGCAAGGGCUUGAUGAUCCUCCUAUUCCCAAGUCAGGUGCCUCAACUGCAGUGCAAUACAAGUAUGUUCAUCAGCUUUUCUCUACAGAUUCUGUGGGCUGGAAUCAUGUUUUAA